AAAAUUGGUUGGGCAGUGGCAAAGGGGCAAAGAGCAAGAGGGGGGUCUGCUUGGAAUUUGUGGUUUUUUGGAGAGAUACAUUGCACAUUCACAAUCCCACCUCAAAUUCAUAUUCAUUAUAUGAAUUUUUUUCUCACCCACUAUCACUGAGAUUGACAUCUUCCACCUCCCCUUUUCUUCUUCUUCUUCUUCCUUUUUUUUCCCCAUUAAUCAAUUCUAUUAAUCCAAAUAUAUAUACUCUUUUCAUUCCAUUUCUUCUUCCCACUUCACAAAUUCCCCUUCUUUCUUCCUUUUUUCCCCCUUUCUCUAUUGGGGUUUUCAGCAAAUGCUCCUCCUCUUCUUUCUCAUACUUCUCAUUUGCUUUGUGAUUUCUGAGUUCGAGGUUUUCUUUGUGGGAAGUUCUUCUUUUCUAUUCUUCUUCAGUGUUGCUCUGUUGCUGUCCCCAUGCCUGCCCUCGUCAACUACGGUGGUGAUGACGAAUAUUACCCUGCGGGUUCCUUUUACUCAAACCCCAUGGAUUUGGAUGCCUUGCUACCAACUAGCUCUCAUGUUGAUCUGUAUUUUCGUCCUAGUAAGAGAGCUCGAAUCGGUGCACCGGUUGUGUUUGGAGGAAGAGAAUUUGAGCAGGAGUGUAAACCGUCCAUUGAAGCUCUUCCUGAUGAAUGUCUCUUUGAGAUCUUCAGGCAUCUCCACAGUGCUAGAGAGAGGAGCUCCUGCGCUGGCGUUUCGAAACGGUGGCUUAUGCUUUUGAGUACUAUUCGUAAGGCUGAAAUUUGCAAGAGCAGAAGUGCAUCGAUCUGUCAGAUGGUUGAGUGUUCAAAUGUUGAGCAGCAGAAGUCUGAAUGUAGUGAGAUUUCAGUAGUGAACUGUGAUAAAGAUCAAGAGGAUGAAAGUAAUGGUUUUCUUACAAGAUGUUUAGAAGGCAAGAAAGCUACUGAUGUAAGACUUGCUGCUAUUGCAGUAGGAACUAGUGGACGUGGGGGUUUGGGAAAGCUUUCAAUUCGAGGAAGUAACUCUACUCGUGGAGUUACCAACCUCGGUCUUUCGGCUAUUGCCCACGGUUGCCCUUCUCUUAGGAUGCUUUCUUUGUGGAAUGUACCAUCAGUUGGGGAUGAAGGAUUGUUUGAAAUAGCUAGAGAAUGUCAUUUGCUAGAGAAGCUUGACCUCUGUCACUGCCCUUCAAUCUCAGACAAAGGUUUGAUCGCAAUCGCGGAGCGAUGCACUAACUUGACCUUUUUAAAUAUUGAAUCAUGUCCAAAGAUUGGAAAUGAGGGGUUGCAAGCAAUCGGAAAGUUAUGUUCUAAACUACAGGCCAUCUCUAUCAGAGAUUGCCCUCGUGUUGGGGAUCAAGGUGUUUCAAGUCUAUUCGCGUCGUCUUCCUGUGCUAUAAUGAAAGUAAAGUUCCAAGCAUUGAACAUAACCGAUUUCUCUCUUGCUGUGAUUGGACAUUAUGGCCAGGCCAUUACACACCUAACCCUCAGUGGUCUUCAGAAUGUUAGUGAGAAGGGAUUUUGGGUCAUGGGUAGUGCUCAGGGCUUGAAGAAAUUGACGUUGUUGACGAUUGCUUCUUGCCGAGGGAUGACCGAUGUGAGUCUCGAAGCGAUUGGAAAGGGAAUUGCAAACCUGAAGCAGAUGUGCAUUCAGAAAUGUUGUUUUGUUUCAGACAAUGGACUGAUAGCUUUUGCCAAAGCUGCAGGAUCACUCGAGAUGUUGCAAUUAGAAGAGUGCAACAGAAUCACCUUAUUGGGCAUUGGCGGUGCCCUUUCAAGCCAUAUUCGAAAUUUGAAGUCUCUUACUCUGGUGAAGUGCUUGGGGAUCAAGGAUAUUGCUAAAGAAGUAACAUUGCCCUCUCCUUGCACCUCCCUUAGAUCCUUAUCUAUCCAAAACUGCCCUGGCUUUGGUAGUGCCAGUCUUUCAAUGGUUGGGAAGUUGUUUCCUCAACUUCAACAUGUUGAAUUGAUUGGCCUUUACGGUAUUACAGAUGCCUCAAUGUUUCCACUUCUCGAGACCUGUGAAGGGCUUGUGAAGGUGAACCUUAGUGGCUGCAUAAAUUUGACCGACGAAACCGUCUCAACCUUGGUUAGGCUGCACGGAGCAACGAUCGAAGUUCUGAAUCUUGACGGUUGCAGAAAGAUCACUGAUGCAAGUUUGGUAGCUAUUGCAGAUGCGUGCUUGUUACUAAAUGAACUAGAUGCUUCAAAGUGUGCUAUCACUGACGCUGGGCUUGCAGUUCUUUCAUCUUCAGAGCAGAUAAAUUUGCAAGUUCUUUCCCUGUCGGGUUGUUCCGAAGUAUCAAACAAGAGCUUGCCUUUCCUGGAAAGAUUGGGAAAGUCACUCGUCGGCUUGAAUCUCAAAAACUGCCACUCAAUCAGCAGUGGCACAGUUGGGAUGAUCGUCGAGAACUUGUGGAGAUGUGACAUUCUCGUCUAACCAUGGAUAGUCAGCUCAGCAAUGUAGUUAUAAAGAUACGAGUAGAUAUCGUUCCAAGUUACAGUAUAGGUACAUCAAGUUUAUAUGGUCUUUUUCACACAGAUAGCAACAUUCAGCAAACUUGUUUCCAUAAACAGCGGGCUUCCCGACUGUGUAUUCUUUCCGUGGCUCGGUUGUUUUAAGGAGCUAUGGCCAAUUACCUUCAUUUUUUGCAAGCUUUCUUUCAGCUUGUUUGACUGUUUUGAGUCUCCAUUGAUGGGAGGCUUCCUCUUUGAUGGCCAUGGCUCCCUAAGAAAUACAAUUACCAAGUCUCAGUUAAGAUUUACAUGUCUUUGUACUCCCACUGAUCUACCUUCUGGUUUUGUCAAGCUGAAUGUUCUAUAAUUAGCUGUUUUAGCUUACAGAUUCAUUACUUAAAUGCAUCUGCCAAUAAGCUUUCUAUAUACUGAGUCAUAUAACUCUGUUGUGUUGUGUAAAAGUCUUGUUUGGUUUUGAUCAUUUGGUCAAAUGUCCUCGUUCCCAUUCAGUUGCAGUCUUUCGUGUUCGUUUGCAUAUGUUGUGUUUGCUUCGAGUCGAUGUUCAGUGUGGAUAUCUGUUGAUCGUGAGUUUCGGCAAUGGUAUUCUGUUUAUUCAGUCUGCCAUAUCAGCCUAUAGGUUGUUUUUUUCCAAAGCCACGGUAUAGUCGUUUAUGGUUUAAUAUUUGUACCCUGUAACUUAUGUGUUCUAAAUAAUGAGAAGAGUUCUUCUCUGUUUCAUAAA